AUGUGCUACUGUGGCAGCUACUAUGGAGGCCUGGGCUAUGGCUAUGGAGGCCUAGGCUGUGGCUAUCGCUGUGGCUGUGGCUAUGGUGGCUAUGGCGGCUAUGGCGGCUAUGGUUAUGGUGGCUAUGGCUAUGGCUGCUGCCGCCCACUGUGCUGUGGAAGAUACUGGUCCUAUGGCUUCUACUGA